AAGUUAGUGACCUAAUUGAUGUCCGGUCAGACUAUUGAACCAAGCAAACCAGAGCCGCCACUCUACUAUACCAGUAAACACAGCUCUACAAGGAGUAACUGUCUCAGAUUCUCUUUCUCUGUCUCUCUCUCUCUGUCUCUCUCUAGAAUUUCUCGGGGUUUCCAUUCGCUGAAGAAAAACAGGAAGAAUGAACAAUUUUGAAUACAGAGAAAUCAACAAUGGUGAUGGAAGACGAUUUAACAGAGAAGCGGAAGAAGAAGAAGAUGAUGAAGAGGACGAUGAGGGAAAUGGAAGAGGCCUUGAUGCUUGGGAGAGAGCUUACGCAGAUGACAGAUCCUGGGAGGCUCUGCAAGAGGAUGAAUCUGGACUUCUUCGCCCAAUUGACAACAAAACUCUCUACCAUGCUCAGUAUCGUCGGCGGCUGCGCUCUCUCUCCUCCUCCUCAACCGGCUCUCGUAUUCAGAAGGGCCUCAUUCGCUACCUUUACAUUGUUGUUGACCUCUCCAGGGCGGCUGCAGAGAUGGAUUUCAAACCAAGCCGAAUGGUUGUAGUUGCCAAACAAAUUGAGGCUUUCAUUAGGGAGUUCUUUGACCAAAAUCCACUGAGUCAAAUUGGCCUGGUAACUAUAAAAGAUGGGGUUGCUCAGUGUCUAACAGAUCUUGGUGGAAGUCCUGAGUCCCAUGUUAAAGCUCUGAUGGGUAAGUUGGAGUGUUCUGGUGAUUCCUCUCUUCAGAAUGCCCUGGAUCUUGUUCAUGACUAUUUAUGUCAAAUCCCAUCAUAUGGUCACCGUGAAGUUCUUUUUUUGUAUUCGGCCCUUAGUACUUGUGAUCCUGGGGAUAUAAUGGAGACCAUCCAGAAAUGCAAGAAAUCUAAAAUAAGGUGUUCAGUGAUCGGUCUAUCAGCAGAAAUCUUUAUAUGCAAAUAUCUCUGCCAAGAAACUGGUGGAUCAUACUCUAUCGCGUUGGAUGAGUCUCACCUAAAAGAUUUGGUGCUAGAGCAUGCACCGCCACCCCCAGCAAUAGCAGAAUUUGCAAUUGCAAAUUUGAUCAAGAUGGGAUUUCCACAGAGGGCAGCAGAGGGCGUCAUCUCAAUUUGUUCAUGUCAUAAAGAGGCUAAGGUUGGUGGGGGCUACACUUGUCCAAGAUGCAAAGCACGCGUUUGUGAAUUGCCUACUGAAUGUAGAAUUUGUGGCCUGACCCUUGUUUCUUCUCCCCAUUUGGCGAGGUCAUUUCACCAUCUCUUCCCAAUAACACCAUUUGAUGAUGUGUCUCCUUCCACCCUUUCAAAGAAUCCACAUCACAAGCUACCAAAAAAUUGUUUUGGAUGCCAGCAAAGUCUUUGUGAUCCUGGAAACAAACCCUGCCCUUGUGUUGUCUGUCCAAAAUGCAAACAACACUUUUGCCUUGAUUGUGAUAUUUACAUUCACGAGAGCUUGCACAACUGCCCAGGUUGCGAGAGCUUCAGUCAAUCACAGUCAGUUGGUGGUUCCAUGGAAGAAUGACAUCUUCAAGAUUUUAAUUUUUUUGUCGCUCAAAGAUAUGGUGUCCAUAAGUUCCAAGCUCGUCAGCGCAACUAAAAGUGACAUAUUUCUGUAUGAGAUUACCAGAAUUUUCUCACCACCCUGAAAGGCGUUCCUGCUACACGAUUGUUGAUCCUCUGAGUGGACAUCAUGAUCAUUGAUUCUCACAAAUCCAUUGCGGCUACCAGCCUUUGCUGACCUUGAGUCUAUUGGAGCUUACUGCAAACCCUAUGUAAGAUAAGAAAUUAGUGCAAAAAUUUUGUUACAUGUUACAUUUCCAAUUUUGGAUUGCAAUAAACCUUUGAGACAUUUUUUUUAUUUUUUAUUUAUAUUUAUUUAUUUUCUGAUGAAAGUGAGU